CCCGGCCCGCCCUGUGCCGGGGGGAGAGACCGGCCCGCUCUUCCGCAGCCCCGGCCGGUAAGGCCCCGCUCCCGCCCCUUGUCCGCCAUCAGCUCCGCCGUGUGCCGGCGCUGACGAGGCCGCCGGGACGAUGACUUUCCAAUGGACGGCAGUGGCUGCCUUCCUGUACGGCGAAAUAGCAGUAAUUCUCGUACUCUGCCUGCCGUUCAUUUCUCCGCUGAGAUGGCAGAAGAUUUUUAUGUUUCCUCUAUGGAGCAAAAUGGCAGUAUUUUGGAACAAGAUGUUCCUUACAAUAAUAGUUCUGUUGAUUGUCUUGUUUCUUGAUGCUAUUAGAGAAGUCAGGAAAUACUCAUCUGUUCAUGUGAAUGAAAAGGCUGCAAAUGUCAACAGCAAUGCCUUUGAUCAUAUUCAGAUGAAACUCUUUCGGUCGCAAAGAAACCUGUAUCUCUCAGGUUUUUCCUUAUUUCUUUGGCUUGUAUUGAGACGUACUGUUACCCUUCUUACUCAGCUGGCAAAAGAGAUGGCAUCUCAUGCAGCGCUGGAAACACAAGUAAAUGAUGCUACUGAAGCAGCCAAAAAAUACAUGGCCGAGAAUGAAAGGCUGCAAGAGGCGUUGAGUGGAAAAGGAGAUGGUAAAAAGAAAGAGUCAACAGAUGCAACUGAGGAAAAGUUGAAGGAGGAAGUUGAACAUUUGAAAGCAGAGCUACAGAAGACAUCAAAUGCUUUCCAUAAGGCAAAAACUGAAGUGGCUACAGUUAAAAAGCAGUCUGAGGGCCUUAGAAGAGAAUACAAUCAUCUGAUGAAAGAAUUUGAACAGCUUCAGCAAAGUUUAAAUAAAGCAGAAGAUAAGAAAGAUCUGUAAGUGCAUCUAAGAUGGAUGGCAUCACUACAGUUGCUUGAAUGAGAAAAGUCUUGUGCUGUUGAUGUUCCUGAUCCAUACCUGAAACAAAACUUGAUUUUUCUGAAAAGCACAUGCAUUGCAGGUCACUAUUCAGAUUCCUUUAAUAAAUCAGUUGCCAAAAUGUUCUGCUUUGCAAAUAAAAUGCUAAGUGGCUUACCGGAUUUACCAUGGAGUUUGUCACUGCUCUUGUGAGGAGAAACUCAAAAAUCUUUGAACUCCACCUGGAGCAACCUGUUUUCCAAGUUUUUUCUUCCCAUGAUGGUAGCAGAUCACCAUUGCUUGUUGCAUUUGAAUGAGGUUCUAUAUCACACUAGAUCAUAAAAACAAUUACUUAAACCUCAUUUGCAGCACAUGUUUGGAGUGUUAAAAGCUCAGUUCCCAGUGGGUUGAAGAAGGCUGAAAGCUUUUUAUCAGUGGAAAACUGAAUGACAAUCAGUCUAAGGAAAAUAAAUGUUGCAUUUCUAAAUGCAGUGCAAUUCUAAAUGCAAUCCACCUCACUAGCUUGUGAUGCUCACUUUAGCCACGUGGAUUUGAGUGUAUUUUAACAAACAAUAUUUUGCAUGCCUCUGAUUUAUUUUUCUUUAAUAUAUUGGGAUAUUUCAGUUUUGGGUUGGCUGGUAUUAGCAGUCUUUAUUUUUACACUGUUUACAUUGGUUUACUCCUUAUGUACUACUUAACUUCUUUUGCCUCGCUAAGUAAAAAGUCUUUUUAAAUUUAGAUAGUUUGGUUUGUUUUGUUUUGUUUUCAUGGAUACAAUACCUCAAAUAAAUGUGCACUGUUUUGCAUAAGACCUUUUUGGUAUUCAGAAAGUUGUUUUGAGUUAAUUUGUUAGUUGGUUCCAGUUUAUAUUUGAAAGUUUGAUAUGUUUGUUAUAUUAAAGGGAUUGUUUAAGUUCAUGG